AUGCUGCGCUCCGAAGUGCUUGACGCCGAGGUAGCGAAGAGUGUCGGCGCCCAUUCCGCCGCGGUGACACCGUUUGCGGAGCGGCGCAGCGGUCUGUACUUGACCAAGUUCGAAGUUGCCCGCAUCAUCGGCGAGCGCGCCAAGCAGAUCACCAGCGGUGCCGCCAUGUCGCUUCCUGGUACCACGACUGGACUUGAUUCUGUGGAGAUAGCGGAGCGCUGCACAAACCCGCGCUCGCUUGCUGUAGAUCCAGUCAUGAUGGCCAAGUACGACCUCCUGCAGCGUAAAAUUCGAAUGCUGGUGCGCCGCACAUGGCCGGAUGGUGUCGUUGAAACGAUUCCCGUGAAUGAGCUCAUGGUGGACGUGACGAUGCUGAACCUACAGUACUAG